AUGCUCUUCUUCCUGAAGAAGCAGCCGCGGGGCCAUCUUUCAUCUCUGAGGCACUAUAAUCGCAUGAUUGCGCUCAUUAAUAAACUCCUUUAUUACGCCCGAGAGGCUAAAAAGCAUCCCUACUGUCGACAUUCCGAAGUAUCACCAGUAGAAGAUAUCUUGGAUACCGCCGACCGGACCCAUAUGAGAGAUCCCCCCAGAUCUCGAGGGCUAGAUAAGUACCACGAGAGAGGUAACUGCAACUUUCUUGCCCUGGCCAUCCAAGCACGCCUCUUCAAGUACAUCAGAUCAAAGCUUAAAGCUGACCCUCGCCGGCUGGCGAAGCCAGGGCGGCCACUUUUGGACUAUACCCUCCGUCCCCGGCGGGUAACGCCGCUGGCACUGCCCUAUUACUCGCGCAGGGAUGAGCCUAACAUUGAGCCGGAAAUCAUUUCCUUGCUUCUCAGCCUUGGUGCCAAACCCAAUCAGGUGGUGCACUCUCACGAAGAUCGCACCGUUUGGGCAUUAUUCUUGAUCUCUUGUUGGGAGUCCGCUAAACGUGGUGAGGCCACAGAGGUAUCAAAAAAGACAUGGUAUGAAGUUAGCGAGAUGAUGAUAAAGCAUGGAUCAAGCCGCGAUUGCUUCAAUAGCAUCGAGGGACAGGAAUUAAGCAUCGAUGAUGUUCUCAACACAAUUUUCGGUGAGGACCAGGCAUCAAACUUGCUGGAACAGAUUAACGACCAGAUGCUCCACAAAGGGAAUCCUUGGAGCGGUUGGAUUUCGUCUUUUUUCUGA